AUGAUCGUUGAUGAAGAUAUUGGUCAGCUUGAGCCGGUGAUCGAUUGCAAUCAAGAUCCUAGCGGGGCGAACUUGGAAGCCAACAAUGAAAAAGCAACAGACAAAGAGAUAGACGAAAUCGUUCCGGGAACGUUUGAGGUCAAAGAAUCUGAAGAUGACGAGGAGGCCGAGACGACUUGGAUGGAUUUGGUUGGCGUAGCCGUUGAUCAGAUCGAUUUGGAGCCGCCGAUGGACACUCUAGACGAUUCGAGCCCUCUAUUUCGCCGCGAAGAGGAAAAGAUCAAAAAGGUUUCACCUGACAACUCAGCCUGGUAUCCGUUUCUGAGUAAAGAAUACUUGAUGGGUUCACUGCUUGUUGGAUACUUACACAAGCUUAUCUCGCGCGACUCGUACCAUCAAAUACGGGCCGUCUUUACUCUGAACUACAUCAAUCUUCCCCGCUGGGAAGCCUUAUGA